CGGCGCCAGCCCCCGACGAGCCGAGAGUCUCCAAGAUGGCCGCGUGGGGAAGGAGGCGUCUGGGUCCGGGCGGCGGUAGCUCCCGAGAGAGGGAAACAACAGUAUUUGUAAUGAAGAACAUCAAACUCUGAGCUGUAACCUGAAUUCUUGUCCAAAAUUGAGCAUACUGACAGCGAGCACAGCAAACAGAUUGCCGUUUGUCCUGCUGGCCUCUUUGAGGCACACUUACCCAUCUAGGAAAGCAGAGCAGGGAUCUGUAUUCUGCCACCUGUGUGCCAGCCUGGACCAGCUCUCAAACAGCCUUGCCUAUCCUUUCUUGGGCUACUUGGUGCUACUCUCAGGGCCCCUGAGCAUCCCUGAGAUCUCCAUGAUUGUUGGAAUGGUUAGCCUGUCAGCCACAGACUGCUACAUAGUGCAUGAGAUCUACAGUGGGGAGAACGCCCAGGACCAGUUUGAGUAUGAGCUGGAGCAGGCGCUGGAAGCCCAGUACAAGUACAUUGUGAUAGAGCCCACCCGAAUUGGAGAUGAGACAGCACGUUGGAUCACUGUGGGCAACUGCCUGCACAAGACGGCCGUGUUGGCUGGCACUGCCUGCCUCUUCACCCCGUUGGCACUGCCCCUGGAUUACUCCCACUACGUCUCCCUGCCCGCUGGUGUGCUGAGCCUGGCCUGCUGUACCCUCUAUGGGAUCUCCUGGCAGUUUGACCCAUGCUGCAAGUACCAGGUGGAGUAUGAUGCCUAUAAACUGUCGCGCCUGCCUCUGCACACGCUCACCUCCUCCACACCGGUGGUGCUGGUUCGGAAGGAUGACCUGCACAGAAAGAGAUUGCACAACACAAUAGCACUGGCUGCCCUGGUGUACUGUGUAAAGAAGGUUUAUGAGCUCUACGCCGUAUGACUGCAGGAGAGUGGGACGCGAGCAAAACCACAGGGCCCACAGGACUCAGAUCCCUACAGCAACACCUUGGGUUUUCUCCAUGAGGCAACAGCACCUGGGAAAGUGUUUGGUUUAAUACUUGUUAUUUUUCAACAAAAAUAACAGAUCAUGGGUAUGCCAGGGGUUUAUUCAGCUCAUUACACUAAGAUGUCUAUUUCCAUAACCCAGGUGUGGGUCCCAGGCUAUGGAAGUCUGGCUGGGCAAUGGAAUAUGGAUGGAGCCAACGCUACUUACUGAGGGGUGUGAACUUGCUGUGGGGAUGUCUUAAGUAUAUUGUUUAACUAUACCAUUCAGAAGCCAACCGGAAGCUAUUGACCAUUAAAAUUAUGAGAAUUUCAACUUGUUCUCUCUGUCUAUGCCUGUGUCUGCAGCUGCUGCUGUUUGUGAGCCAGGCAAGUGCUGCAGACACACCCUGCUGCAACUUGUUGCAGCAGAGUGGCACUAGAGCUGACAUCCUGCCAAAAAGAAUGCACAACAUAAUAGGACUAGCUACCCGAGCUUCUGGACUGCUACUCUAGCCUAGUCAUGGCCCCUGUUGGCUGUCAUGUGCCAGACAUAGUAGGGUAAGGUGGCUUUGGUCUCCCUUUAGUUCACCUGGGGACAUCAAACCCAGAAGCCCUUCUCCAAAGACUGACUAAGGACAGCAGAGAAACAAGUCUCUGCUGUUCCUAUGUAGCCCUGAGCUCAACCUAGUGCCCCAGGCUGUGGGAGGUGCCUCUGCCUUGUGGAAGUGAGUCUUACUUUUCUGAGACAGUCUUUCUUGCUGUCCUAGAACUUGCUGUGUAGACCAGCUGGGCUUAGAACUCAGAGAUCCUUUGUCUCUGCCUCCUGAGUGCUGGGAUUAAAGGCAUGUGCCACCGUG